AUGAAAUAUCUUUUGAUAUUCUAUUUUACUAUUUGUUUCGCUGCUGUUUCAGAUGUCCUGGAUAUAAAAUUACCAUCAUAGAUGAAGCUAUUAUAAAAGCUAAGAGAGAAUCGAGGAGAUCGAAAACUUGAUGAGAUUAAAACUACUUGGGAACCCAUUAGAAUACACUUUGAAUUUAUAGAAACUCCUCCCACAGAACUCAUUCAACAGACUGAGACAGUUCUUGAAAUAUGUAAGACAUUUUUUGGAAGACAUUUAUUGGUGAAAAGACAAACAGGAAGUUUGGAAUGGAAAUCUACUUAUGAAACAGAUUGGGGUCUACUUAUUGUGCCUGCUUCUCUCCAAAAGAGCUACGACAGUGAUUUGGUAAUUAUAUAGAAUAUAAUUUUAGGUAUUUUUUGUUGCACAAGAGACAGAUUCUGAAGUAGAAUAUAUUGCUAGAGCUGGACCUGUGAUUUUUGAUGAGAAAACAGGGAGACCUAUAUUUGGGAUGAUGAUAUUGAACAACCACUAUAUGCUGGAAUUUUAGGUAUUAAUAGAAUAAUUUUUAAAAGGGAACAAAUGCAAAGUUUGAAGCUGCAGUUCAAGUAGUGCUUCAUGAAACAAUACAUGGGUUAGGAUUCAGUGAUGAUCUAUAUGACAACUAUUUUGAUAGUACGUCUGGUUAAAAAUAUGAUUUCACUGUAUAUUAACGAGUGAAUCUACAGAUAGACUUGCCAACUCCAAGACUGACUCAAUUGGUAAAGAAUCAUUUUGGAUGUUGUAACUUGUUGGGUGGAACUGUAUAUUAAACUAGUUAAAUAUUAGAUGGAAGAUUAGAAUGGAAGUGGGACAGCAGGAUCUCAUUUUGAAAGGUCCAUCUUUCACAAUGAUUUGAUGACAGGUUCGAUGAUAUCAGGCAAUACUCUAUUUACUGAUUUUACAUUUGCCAUCUUAGAAGAUACAGGGUAUAAAAUAAACUCAUUGUUUUUAGAUUUUAUCGAGUAACCAAACAUGUUUCUGAUGUUUAAUUAUGGGGUUUGGAUAAGGGAUGUGAUUUUUAUUAGCAGCAAUGCUAUUCUGAUUCUAGUUAUGAAGAGUUCUGCUAAAAUCCAUACGAUCCUUAGGAUAAGUCAGAUAAUUUUUUAAAUCAUUUAUCAUGUUCAUAUGCACAAACAGGAAUAGGAUAUUGCGUAAAUGAUGGAUUAGUAGAAUGUCCAUAUUACAACAUUAUCCAGGAUCUAGAUUGCAGGGAUGCUGAUAACUAUGAUGCAAAGUUCUUCUAAGGAACCAACUUUCAUUUUGGAUAUGAUAGUAUGUGUGUGAGAGGAGGAUUGCCUAAGAAAGGAGAUUAUCUAUAUCUUGGAUUUAGUUGUUUCAAAUAUUCCUGCGAUGAAGAUCAGUAACUGAGCAUUAUUGUUGAUGGAACUACAUAUGAUUGUAGUGAUGGAGGUUCAAUUCCAAGUUUUGACAAUACUAAAUAUUCAUUUGGAUUUAUGUGUCCAGAUAAUCCAAAGGAUAUCUGCAAAUCAAUGAACGAAUGUCCAAAUUAAUGUAAUAAGAAGGGAUAUUGUUUAGGAGGAGUGGUAAUCAUAAAUAAUUAAAUAUUUUAGUGCACAUGUAUCGCUGGUUAUGCUGGAAGAGCAUGUGAAAAGGCUUGCACCACAUAUAGAGAUGGCAUAGAGUGUGUUUAGACUUGUCCUGCAAACACCUUUGCUAAUGCUGAAACUAUGUAUUGUAUAGGUUGUCCUGCAAAUUGUGUUACAUGUUCCGCUUAAGAUGUAUGCACAUUGUGUGAAGAUUCACAUGAAUUAGUGGGAGGAUUUUGCAAUCUAUUACCCAAUUAUUCGUUAAUGUUAGCAACAAGCCUUAUAGCUUUGCUUUUAGCUUUAUGA